AUGUCAAGCCAUACCUCGAGAGAGUUACUCUACGACGUGACUUCUUACACAAUCCCCAUCUCAAACUACGACACACAUGGUCUUUGUAGAAACUUCCCGGUGAGAAGACACAAAUGGGAGGCCGAAACUAAUGCAGGAUGUCAUGAGGCAAGGUCCGAUUGGAUCAAGUAUAUCGGACCAACUGUUGAUUUUGGAAACGCCAAUCCGAUCAAUGGAAAUCUCGUUGCUAUCGCGUUGCCGUUGGCGAAACCAGAACGUUUAAGUUUGAUUACUUACGUUUUCGAAUAUGGAUUUCUAUACGAUACCAUUCUCGAUCUGCAGCAGCCGGAGAUGUCGGAUCACCACAAUCAUAGUAGUCAUCCCGAAUGGAAGGAGUGGGACAGUACGAAUCCAGUACUCGGAACGGCUCAGAUCCAAGCGAAAAUUAUGAUGCGACUUACCUCAACAGACCCAGCUUGCGCUGAGAGAGUACUACGCGCGAUGAGAGAACGGGCAGCCAUAAGUUUUCUGAGCAAGGACAGAGAGUUCAGCUCAUUAGAGGACUAUCUGGAUUUUCGAGUCGUCGAUGUUUCAGCGCCACUAUCAGAAUCUUUAGCACUCUUUGGUAUGGGCCUUGUACUCACUGAGGAAGAGGAGGCCAUACUCGACCCCAUCCGUAGACCCUGGUACCGCGCACUCACUCUGGCCAACGAUUACUUUUCUUUCGAACGCGAAUAUCUCGAGUUGAUAGAGUCAAAAGAACUGAAAACGAUAAAGAACGCCGUUUGGCUGCACAUGAAAUGGUAUCAUGUAGGCAUUGAUCUUGCCAAGAAAAUGGUGUUGAACAUGACGCGGCAGUACGAGGAUCAGUUUCUUGAAAGCUGCGCAGAAUUUCGGCGCAAAGACAACCCGUCCGAAAAAUUGAGUUUGUAUUUGGAUGUGCUGACAUUCAUGGUCAGCGGAAACAUGGUCUGGAAUUUGAAUUGUCCAAGGUACAAUCCUCAUGUCAGAUAUGACCCAAACGCUGGCCUCGAGGAUGAAUUGACGGCAAAGUCGAUGCCAACAACUUUGGGUAUCAAUUACGAGGCACGUCUUGUUCCUAGAGAGAAUGAUGAUUCGAAUCAAGCAAGUGUUGCACGUCCUGAUUCAGCGAUUGGGCACUCACGAAGAUCUUCCGCCGAGACCUGUCUUACGAGUACCGGUAGAACCGAAUCAACAUUGAAUAGCCAUCUCUCUCAUUCAUUACGCACUUCAAUCUCCUCAAGCCGUGGGUUGGAGCAGAUAGUCGUCAUUCAUCCUCCAAAGAGAGUGUCUUUGGACUCCAGAUAUGCCAAAGCGCCAGUCGACUAUAUCAAGUCACUACCAUCUGGAGGUGCUCGGGAUACCUUUAUCAAUGCCUUUGCCAUUUGGUUCAACGUUCCUUCAGCGGCCGUAUCACGCAUCAAAUCAAUAGGCAAUCGCCUCCACUCCGCAUCCCUCAUACUCGAUGACAUCGAAGACGGGUCUGGCCUUCGAAGAGGCGAACCAGCAGCGCACGCUGUUUUUGGUGUUGCGCAGACAAUCAACUCAGGAUGCUAUGAGUUUGUAAGAGCGAUGGAAGAAGCCCGGCAGUUGGGCCCCGAUGCAAUCGAGAUCGUCCUCGAAGAACUGGACGAAUUGCAUGUCGGACAAUCUUAUGACCUUUACUGGACCCAGAACAGCGUUUGUCCAUCGGAGAACGAGUAUCUGGAAAUGGCGAAGAAGAAGACGGGAGGAUUAUUUCGUCUCAUCGCACGACUACUUCUCAGCUGCUCGACGAGCAAAGAGUCAAACAAGCACCUAGUCUCCGACAUCGAAGAGCUUGUAAACCUCAUCGGGAUACAAUACCAGAUUCGCGACGAUUACCAGAACCUUUGUUCCAAGGACUAUGCUGAGAAGAAGGGGUUUUGUCAGGAUUUGGACGAGGGGAAGUUUUCUUUCCCACUAAUACACGCGUUGAGCCUACAGUCGGAGGGUACUCAGCUAUUGCGUGAGCUUCUCCAGCGGAGAAGAGAUACAGGACACCUCUCAUAUGAACAGAAAAAGCUCGUACUCAAGCAACUUGACCGCACAGAUAGUAUGACAUAUACACGCGAGACAUUAAAGCGGCUGGAAGGUAGGGUAUACAAAGGUGUGAAGAGGAUCGAGGACGCUACCAAGAUGGAAAACUGGGUCCUGAGAGCUCUGUUGCAAAGACUGGAGGUAUGA